UGCAGCGGUCGGGGUUUUGUGGACCACAAGCAUGGCGACAAAAUUGGCCAUGUGAGAUUUGCUGAAUACAAUAAUAUACAAAAAUAACUAUAGGAGAGAUGACCCCAACUAAGAAGACCCCAACCUCCAACGUGAAGGUGGAGGUGGAGGUGACUUGCUAUUGCAUACUAUGCCGCAAGGUCUACCUGAAAAAAGACGUGCACGAGCACAUGCAGAGCAUGCUACACCACCGAGAGCUUGAGAAUGUGAAGGGCAGGAACUGUAGGCACUGGUGCAAAGUCUGCAAAGUGUCCUCGAAGAGUCUGACAGAGUACGCCGAGCACAUCUCCACCCAGUCGCACGGAGACAAGAUGAAGAACCCGCCACAGAGGACUAAGCCCAUGUCUGUGGAACAAGACCUCGACGCAGACCUGCUCGCCAAGGUCAGGGAAAGGAACAAAGAACUGCAGAAGAUGGAGAAGAAGACAAAGAGGAAGAAAAGGAAACAAAUUAUAAAAAUGGAAGCGCAGCAAGACCCUGAAAAGCAGAAAGCUCCCAAGCGGAAAUUUCCCAAGCAGCCAAAGAAACAAUCACUGAAAUGGAUACCGCAAGUGGCAAAACUAAAAGCAGCUAAAUCUAAAACAGCAAAACAACAGGCCAUAGAGAAGAAACCCCAGCAGAAGACAUUAUCACAGCCACCCAGUGGUAAGAUGGUACAAAACAAGGAGAAUAGGCUUGCCGGGAAACUCAAGGGGUCCCCCAGUCAGCCAGCCACACCGCAGGGGCAGAGUGGAGCUCAGCCUCCCUGGCCAGAGUUUAGGGGACCCCCAGGUGGAACGUGGCACCCCUAUAGUGAACACACCCAGUCCACAUGGCCCCAGACCCAUCAAGUUAGCAGUGAUGACAAUCCUCCAAUAUCUGACACUGGUGACAGAGGAAGGGGCUUCAAAGCUAGCAGGCCCAGUACAUUUCAUAAGAGCUUUAGGGGAGCUGGAGUAAAUCCUGUGACUCCACCACCAGGCCAGCUGAGAUGGCCUAAAACCAGCCAGUUUGGUUACGAGUUCUAUGGGCAGGCACCCAGUGGGCCCACCCCCAGAAAGACCCAGGAUAUGGACUUCACUAGUGAUCACCUACCUCCAAAAGGAGCGAUCAUCUUCAGCCAAGUGGAGGGACUUCCUGGUAGUACCCCUGCCCCCGUCUCUACCUCCAGCUCAGGUCCCUCUGGUCAGGGUGACAGCGACACUGGCCGGAUACGGAGCGUGGACGUCACUGUGAUGCUGCGUCAGGUCCGGAGAGCCCUGGGAGUGAGGGAGCCCCCAAGAGCCUCUUCCGUCACCCCGACUCUCACCACGACUCGGGGCCAUCGCAGGGGGGCAGAGGUCGAUGAGGGCCAAACCAAAAGGACACAGAGGACCAAGCGCGGAGAGGCUGCCACACAUCCACGUUCCGCAGUCAGCCAGUUCACCAGCCUCCCCUCCACCACCUCCUCCCUGCAGUCCCCACAGGUUAGUACUACCAGAUCUGUGGCUUCAAGUGAAACGUGGCCUCUCCCUGGCAACCGAGCUCAACGAAGAUCAACCCGACACCCCAAGGUAGAGGAAAACAGUAACUCACAGCCAACGAAUAAAGGUGAGGGAUUGGCUUCCGACACAUACGGUCCGGGUAGCAGCCAAACGGAUCCCCAGGAAGGGUCAACUGUGCCCCGACUGAGCACCCUGGCACUACCCGCCUCUCUGAAGAGGGACUUGACCCGACACAUCAGCAAACCCGGCGCCCAUGAGCCUAACCUGAACGCCGCUCGCCGGAUACGGAAGGGCGAGGGGGAGAAGGAGACGGGGACCGGGGCGGGGCUCAAACCCACGCUGCAGAAGCUGCUCAGCUCAGCGGGGUCACAGAGGAAGGUCAACUGGAGGGAGAUGUACCAGGAGGCCAACCGGAAGAAGCAGGAGAAAGUCAAAGGCAUGCCCAGGUUUGGCAUUGAACUGGUGAACCCCCCCUCCGACCCAGAGGGCCUGGCCCUGGACGAAGACGAGGACCUCCCCCUAACAGAGGGCUUCCAAUGGGAGUCUGCUUUCCCCGAUGGAGCGCCGCCCCCUGCAGCCCUAUCCACUCCCUCUCUCCCGCAGGCAACGCCUGCCAGUGAUGUCAUCAGAGAGCAACCACCAGAGGCUCGGAUGCUGGGCUCGGAGCAGCCUAGCACUGCACUGUGGGAUAGCAGGUCAUCCCAAGCCCCUCGGUCUUUAUGUGUGAAGACUGAACCAGAGCAGUACAGGGAGGCAGGAGUGGACAAUGAACAGAGCGAGUUGAACACAAAGAGGAAAAAGAAGAAGCGGAAAGCGUAUAGUGACUUGGUAGACGCCUCUAGUGUGGAUCAGAGUGGGAAAAAGCAAAAGGUUAAGUCAAACAGCGAAAAUGUCCAGGUGGACCAGCUGCUAGCCGUGUCUCUGAUGGAGGAGGAGCUGAGCGGCUCCCUACAGACCCUGGACACCUCCCUAAUCCAGGCCCGCAACACCCUGCAGGUUGCCUACACAGAGGUGCAGCGCCUCCUACUGGUCAAACAGCAGGUUACCACGGAGAUUAACGGUCUCCGAGCCAAGCGUAUUGAGAUCCUGCAGGGGAUGCAAGGGGCGGUGGCAGCCGCUACGGUGCCUAUGGUGUCCACCCAGCACCCCUCAAACCUUCCCCUGCCCAACCUCUGUAUCCCCUCCCCCACCGGAGACACCGCUGCGGCACCCUUGUCUUCCUUUCCCAAUCUGACCCCAGCUUACCCCUCCACCUCCUCUGCCAUGCCCAUCCUAAACCCCACCCCCUCCACCUCAGUGAGCCUGCCGGUCAAAAAAGAGCCUGUCUCUCUCAACAGCCAGUCUCGCGCCACCCCCUCCCACAGUCCUGUCAUUUCCAACACACUCGUGAACCCUCCCUCCACCACCCCUGUCCUCCUUCCCACACCUCUACCCAUACCCAUCCCCGUCAACCCCCCUUCCACCACAGUGACCUUACCUGCAACUACACCACCUGCUUUUGCACCACUCAGCCAGCAAAGGGUGGUGGGUAGCUCCACCUCAGUGUCCACCAGCACCAAGCAGCAGGAGAAGCAGCUGAGGGGGAGGCUGACAGAGCGGCAGAAGAAGCAGAGGGUGGUGGGUAGCUCCACCUCAGUGUCCACCAGCACUAAGCAGCAGGAGAAGCAGCUGAGUGGGAGGCAGAAGAAGCGGAGCGAGGAGGAGGCCGCCAGGAGGACCAUGUCAACGCGGGAAGACGUUCAAGACCAGAGUUCAACCGCCAGUUCCACCACCAGCGACUCUGAGGACUGGGAGGACCAAGAGGGGCUCACCCUCACCUCAGUCGACCUCACACGGGGACGAAAAGACCCCGUAUCGGGGCAGGAGAAGGACGGGGGGAAAGGGGGCGACGAGGGAGACAGCGACUGCUACGUCGAGGCGGUCACUGAAGAGCGCCAGCUGAGAUCCAACAUGGACGUCGUCGCCAUCGAUGACUCUGAUGUCGAGGAGGAGCCGGAGGCUAUUGUUCCCGUCGUCCACACCCCUACUCCCGCACAGCUCCCCUCCACCCCUUCUGCCCCACCUAGGUCUGUGUGUUUGGAGGUGAACUCUAGCAGUACCCAGACAGUCAAGGUAAAAGAGGACCGUAAGGACGUCAAACUAAAGGACACCAGCUACGGCAAAAGCAAGUUACCCCCUGUAACUGUGAAAGAGCAAAAUAGUUCCCCAAAGUCUGCCGACGUGGCUGAGGAGCAGGAGCUGUCUCUGGGGAGCUUCGAGGGCCACACUGGUGCCGUCCAUGACCUCCAGAUCCACGGGGGCCUCCUGUAUACGUGUUCAGGAGAUAACACAGCACGAGCAUAUUGCCUAGUGAGCAAAGCGUGCCAAGCGGUGUUUGAGGGCCACACCAACAAGAUCAACUGCCUGCUGGUGUCAUCUCUGCCCGGCCUGCCAGCACGUCUCUACACCGGCUCCAGUGACCUCACCAUCCGCUGCUACAGCAUCAAGUCGAAGAAGUGCCUUGAGCAGAUGUCUCUGUCCGACCGUGUGCUGUGUCUGCACAUUCAUUGGAACAUUCUGUACGUAGGCCUGGCAAAUGGAUCCGUGGUCAGCUUUGAGCUCAAGACCCAGAGGCAGCUGGAUGUGUUUGAGUGCCACGGCCCACGGGGGGUGAGCUGCCUGGGCACGUCCCAGGAGGGAGCGCGGCGGGUGCUGCUGGUGGGCUCUUACGACAGCACCAUCAGCGUACGUGAUGCCAAGAGCGGUCUGCUGCUGCGCUCGCUGCAGGGCCACACCAAGACCGUCCUCUGUAUGAAGGUGGUGAAUGACCUGGUCUUCAGCGGCUCCAGUGAUACGUCUGUCCACGCCCACAACAUCCACACGGGUGAGCUGGUCCGUAUCUAUAAGGGUCACAGCCACGCAGUCACGGCGUUAGCCAUCUUGGGGAAGGUCAUGGUGACAGCCUGCCUGGACAAGUUGGUGCGCGUCUACGAGUUACAGUCCCACGACCGGCUACAGGUGUACGGGGGCCACCAUGACAUGGUGAUGUGUAUGGCCAUCCAUAAGAGUGUGAUCUAUACAGGCUGCUACGACGGGACCGUCCAGGCCGUGAAACUCAACUUGAUGCAAAACUACCGCUGCUGGUGGCACAGUUGCUCGCUGAUCUUCGGCAUGGGGGAGCACCUCCGGCAGCACCUGCUCACCGACCACAGCAACCCGCACCUGCAGACCUUCAAGUGUCGCUGGAGGAAAUGCGACGCCUUCUUCACGACACGAGACUCCUCCCAGCUGGACCUGCCUAGCCACAUGCAGACACACGUAGAGAUGGACAGCAAGCUGAAGACAUGACAGUAGGGAAUACAUGCUGUUUCUCCAGCGCUUACUCCUGCGGAUGUGCGGUGCUGAGUUUUGACUUUGUGGUCUCUCACCAUUAGAAUCAAUGGCUCCAUACAUGGAGCUAGGGUUGAAUUCUGGCAUUCAUUCUUCAGCUGGGAAGUGGCCCUUGGAUAGUUUGAGUUCGGGCCCCAUUCAGUAGGCAAACGUUGAGGAAGGAUGCGGAUAGAAAUGUCAUAAACUGAACUGUUGUAUUGUUUAGAGUAAUUUCUCGCUUUGUUCAUCCUUUAACCCCCUGCUCUUCCCUUUAUGGUAAGAGGACCCAAGUACGACUCCUGAAGGUUGUGUGACAUGUUUUACAUGGACCUUGGCUUACACCAGGGAUCAUCAACUAGAUUAAGCCGCGGCAUUAUUUUAUUUUCUUGAGUGGAUUAACAUAAUUACGAAUAAUUUGUUGACUACAAAUUGACCGCAAGAAGCCCAAACAAAUAUAUUUGAGUAAAACAUAAUCAUUUCAAACCUUGUUUCCAUUUUUUUUUUAUAAGAUCACUUGGGGGGCUAAAUAAAAUCACCUGCGGCCGCCAGUAGGGGAACCCAGGCAUACACCAUUCUUCAAGGCUAUGGCUUAACUUCAGCAAUUGUAUUGGAACACUGGCUAAAUAGCCCAUACUAGACUUGCCUCUACACACACACACACACACACACACACACACAGCAUAUAGAUGAUAAUUGCAUAACCACACUGUAACUGAUGUGUUCACAUGGGCUGGUCAAACAUAACUACGUACUAUACACACACUAUGGACAGUCUUGUGUAAUUGCGCCCAAGGACGGUCUAUUUCAUACAUUCACACAUCUAUGGCGUAUGUACAGGUAACUGCCAAAAUAUAGGAAACACUUGAGUAAAUGAGGGAUACAAUGUAUAUUGAAAGCAGGUGCUUCCACACAGGUGUAGUUCUUGAGUAAAUUAAGCAGUUAACAUCCCAUCAUGCUUAGGGCCAUGUAUAAAAAUGACCAGUUGCCCAUUAUUUGGGCUACCAUGGCUAGAAGAGAUCUCGGUGACUGAAAGAGGAGUAUCAAAGGAGCAUAGGGGGUUUAAAGUCUCUCAGUCACCAGAUCUCAGCCCAAUUGAACACUUAUGGGAGAUUCUGGAGCGGCGCCUGAGACAGCAUUUUCCACCACCAUCAACAAAACACCAAAAUGGUGGAAUUUCUCGUAGAAGAAUGGAGCAUCCCUCCAAUAGAGUUCCAGAUACUUGUAGAAUCUAUGCCAAGGUCCAUUGAAGCUGUUCUGGUGGCCUUAUUAAGACACUUUAUGUUGGGUGUUUCCUUUAUUUUGGUAGUUACCUGUAUGUACCUCAUAUGCUGAGCGUGUGCACUCAGGUACAGCAACAGAAGGAACACAUUUUAUAAAUUCUGAAGAUUUUAUUUGGUUCUGUUGGGAAGGACAAUUUUUUCCCAUUUCAGUGCUCUUUGUGGAAAGACAACGAGACCAAUGCUUACUGUAGAAGCACAGACUUAAGGAUGAUGUGCACAAUGGUUUUUGAAGGGUUUUGUAUUUGCUGUAAUGUGAGUGACCAACUCCUAACACACACAUGUCUGUUUAGACGUCAUUUUCCAGUCUAUAUGGAAGGGGCUCACUAGUAAGCUGCAACAGGGGGGGACGGCCCAACCAAAUUCACAAAGAAAUGUGAGUUAUCGAUCUGUCAUUCUCAUUGAAAGCAAGUCUAAGAA